UUCUUUAUUUGCAAUAGAGGAAAAAGUUUCCAACCAUUAAGACUUUUUUUAUUUUGCGUGCAACAAAACUGGAACUAAAAAAAGUACACUAAGAAUCGUUUUUUUAAUAAAAUUUAUUUAAAGAAAUUUUCUACAUACUUUCUUCCAUAAAGCUUUCAAAAUGUCAAUAGCAACAAAUUGUAAUAAAGUUGAUGCAUCAGUUGUUGAACUCAACGUUGGUGGGAAAAUCUAUGUAACAACAACUUCAACUUUAAGUCGUUACCCCGAUUCGCUUUUAGCAAAGCUUGUUAACAAUCCAACAAUACCCACUGUAAAAGAUUUUCAUAACAGAAUAUUUAUUGAUCGCGAUGGAGAUUUGUUUCGGGUAAUAUUGGAAUUUUUAAGAAACGAGGUGCUUUCUUUGCCCGGUGAUUUCAAGGAAUUUGAUAGAUUAUUAUUAGAGGCAAACUACUUUAAAAUUAAUGAACUGGUUAAAGAACUAGAGUUUCUUGAACUAUCAAAACAAAAAGCCUCCUUUCUUACUCUAUGCGUACGGGGGACCUUCGCAUUUGGAAGAGACGGUAACGCUGAUGUGAAGUUUCGUAAACUGCAAAGAAUUAUUGUUUGUGGCAACGUUUUUUUAGCUAGAGAAGUUUUUAGCGAAUCCCUUAACGAAACACGUGAUCCAGAUAGAGGCGACUCUCAUAGAUACACUUCUAGAUUUUAUUUAAAACACAGUGUGCUUGAAAAAGCUUUUGAUCAACUAAAUGCUGCAGGGUUUAAAAUGAUAACAUCAGCUUCAGGUGGGGCAGGUUAUGACCAUGAUACAGAAGAAUCAAAAUGGAAUCAUUUUGUAAACUAUACGUUUUAUCGUUAAAAAACUAUUGUUAAUUAUGUUUUUUA